GCUUCAUAGCUGUGUAUUCAUUGAAAAAUAAUGACAUACCUUAGAUUGUCUGUCACACAAUCAAGCAUUUGUUGUAGAAACGUGAGUAAUGCAAAAGUAAUGAAUAUAAAAAAAAACAAUUUAUAAACAAUUUCCUUCAAUUUUGAACUGUCAAACAUGCCAGUUGUUGUAAUGGUAAUGCAGAUACAGUAAUUAUGUGUUAUGUUCAAAUCAACCAGGAGGCCUUCAUCCACUGGAGCCGUGUGAGGCAGUUUUUAUGGAUGGAUGCGCUUGAAUGGGCUUCUUUUGGACUGUUGGGGGGAAAAAAACACCCACCCAUUAUACAGCUUGGAAGAGCCAGGAUACAUUUUGAAUUAGGUUUUAUAUGGUUUGUUGUUUUGUCCGUUUAGAUUUUAACAAUAUUUAGUUUUAGUUAUCGUUGUGUAUAUAAGGAGAAACCGAUUAAUACAUUUAAAUUUUUUAAUAGUUAUUUUUUUUAAUUUAACGUUUAAGUAACAGAAUGUUUUUAUGACUUGUUUUUCAUUUGCCGCGUUGUUGUAUUCUAAAUUCUGCAAAAUAGUAAUUUAAUUUAAGUGUGUAAUUUAAUUAAUAGUUAUUUAUUUAAGUGUGAAAGUAAUGUGGUUUUGUUUUGAAAAUUCUAGUGGUUUUGUUUUGAAAAUUCUAAUCGUUUUGUCUGUAACAAAGCGGGAGAAAACCGUUAUGUCCAACAAGGCCGCCGUACAACCCUUGACGUCACCCACAACAACAUCAUUGUCCGUCUGCUCAGCUCGUUCUGACACUGAUGCUGAACGAUGCACUAAUCAAACAUCUAGGUUCACACAUUCACAAAAUAAACCAGGUAGCAUGCACUACAGCCAUCUGGACAUUGUGCGACAGCCGUUCGCGCCUAAAGGACAUCCGUUUGUGCUCGCGCUUCAUAUUGUCAGGCAGAUGUAACGAGCUCGAUGCUAACUAACCUUAACACUUUGAGGAUUUUAUCAUCGGGGUUUGACUGACUGGCCGUGAAAGUGUGAAGUGCGAAAUUGAGUUCCCGAAAUACUCGUGCCUGAAACGAGCACUCGAUAGAAAAUAAAAACAUUUGAGGUAACCGUUAGAAACCAACACGAGCGGUCAUUAAUGUCAUGAUCGUUCGACAGUCGGUUUAUUUUGACGAGAACGAGCUCGAGUAGAUCGGACAGGAUGACGGACACGCUGGUGCUCUCCUUCCAGACUCGGCUGUCUGCGGUUAUGGAAACUGUCCUUAAGACCACCAUGUACGAGAUCACCCGGCUGGUGGAGGAGAGCUUCUUGGAGCAGAUGGAUCGAGGCAAGCGAGAGGCGGAGGUGUUGAAACGGAGGCUGAUAGUGUCGGAGGCCAAACUGAGAGAACGGGAGAGGUUUAAGAGGGUGAGGUGUGUGGACUGUGGUCGGACAGCGGUGUCCAGGAGGAGGAUACUACUCCGAGGCCCCGAAACACAGAGCAGUCUGGACCACAGACUUGUUGUAAAGCAGGAAAAUGCCACUGACAAUAGCUGGAGGUGCAGUACCAAGGGAAGCACAAAUCAGGAGCAGCCUUCAGCAGCUUCAGAAACUAUACAAAAUGCUGAUCAAGUGUGUGAACCUAAACCUGGAGGAGAAGUGAAAGAGGAAGCGACAGAGGGUUGUGACCUGCAAGCUCGUCUAGUAAUACAUCCUCAGAUACACAAACAAAAAGAUCCUCCGGGCUGCGUUGAAGAGACCGACGGACUCCGCAAUGCAGAUCCUGAGUACAAACCAGGUGGCAGAUCUUGCACUGAAAGACCUGUGGACGAGGAAGAGGUCAGACACAGAAACCUCCCAAAAUGGUUUGACCCCAAAGCAGACCCUUUAGCGCGGUCCUCUGUUUCGCAGCCAAAACCAGUCAGGACCUCGGUGUCUUCAGAGUCUCCGGGUUUGAGACCCCAAGUGGGCAGCGUAGACUCAGGGCCUGUUAAACAGGAAGUUGUAGUGAUGCUUCCACCAGACUGGGAAGAUAUGGAAAGGAUCAGGCCUCCGGUGGUUUCUGCUCGUAACGGUGCUAAGAAAGCACAGCUGGAUCUUCAGCCUGGAGAUCCUCUCGCCGCUAGGCCUCAAAUACAGGAGAGAGUUUCCUAUCCUGCUCCUCCCGUCAAGGUUCAGAGCCUUGCAUCACAAACCAUGCAGCAUCUCAGAUCACCCGUUAGGAAGAACGCAAAAAUCGUUCUGCAUCCUAAUUCGGUCGUGACGGAUCACGAGGCGGUUAAUAUCGACCGCGUGCAAUCCGUCUGUAAAGCCCUUCCAGCUCCAAAACCCUCUCCCGUCCGUCAGUAUCCCGAAGGAGCCGCUACAGGUGAAAGAAGUUUCAGCACGCUUCACCCAGGAAGAAGUCUGCCGCAGAUGGUCGGGGUGAGGGUUCAAGGGGACACGCGGCACCAUUCGGCAAAGACGAUGCACAAUUGCAGCCAGUGUGGAAAAGGCUUCUCUCAUCUGUGUCACCUCAGAGCUCACCAGCAAAUUCACACAGGUGAGAGGCAGUUCUGCUGCACCAUCUGCGGACGGAGUUUCACCAAACUGAGCAACUUGAAAGCACACCGCAGGGUUCACACCGGCGAGAGACCUUACAUCUGCACAGACUGCGGGAAAAGGUUUACACAGAAAUGCAACUUGAAGAGGCAUCAGAGAAUUCACUCUGAGUUCACGCACUCUAGUGUAUGACGAGACCUGGACGGCUGAUAGCGGUAGAAUCUGGUACUUUACACAUUAACAUAUUAAUUGAUGUUUUGUUGACCGGUUAAUUUAUUUUUAUUAUCAUGCAUCAUAAUGAAAUGACUGGACUUUAUGCUCUGAAAAUUGUUCUGUAGUGAUGUGACUAGAUCACUCAGGGGCAAAUAGCAGUUCUGUCAUGAAAAAUGGUCAAAUAUUAAAGCAGAGCACCUUUUCAUUCCCUCUGGAUGUAACAAGCUAUUUCUCACAAAAUAUAGGCCCCUAAAAUUAAAAGGAAAAAAGUUUUAUAUUGCUGUCAAAUGAUUCCUUGUGAUUAAUCAUAUCCAAAAUAAAAGUUUUUCUUUA